ACAUGGUGCGUGCAAUUCACAACACUCGUCUGUAACAUACGGUGGUGAUCGACCAAUUCCCGCCAUUUCUCUGUGAUACAAAUAUUUUAAUAGUUUUAAUUUUUUUUUUAUUUUAAAUUAGAACUUUUUUGUGUUGUGUUUAUAUUUUUUUUUAAUUUUUAUUUAUUAUUAUCAAAAUGUUGAAGUAUACAGUGAAAAAGUAUUGUGCGGAGGGCAGUAAAGUUAACCAAAUUAUAAUAUCGAUAUUGAUGAUCCUGCCAGUAUUCUCCUAUGGCACGGGGGUUGGCUGGAUGUCUCCCAUGGGUCCUCGGUUGAUGUCCAAAGACACGCCGGCCAAGGAGCCCGUGGACUCGGAGGUGAUCUCCUGGAUGGCGUCGGUGGUAUACCUGGUGGGGACGCCGGCUGUGUUCCUGUUCGGGUUCAUAGUGGACAACUGCGGGAGAAAGGCGGCACUUAUGGUCACCUCGUUGUCUGCUGCCACCUGCUUCGCUCUCAAGAUAUACUCCACUGAGAUGUGGGCUUUGAUCACCGCGCGGGCGUUCCUCGGGCUGACCGUCAGCGGAUCCUACGUCGUCACGCCUCUCUACAUAAAGGAGAUCAGCGAGGACUCCAUCAGAGGCACCCUGGGCAGUCUCGUGGUGCUCUCGCAAAACAUGGGCAACUUGUUCGUGUACGUCAUGGGAGCUUACCUGAGCUACCAUGCUAUAUUGUGGAUCCUGCUGGCAGUGCCGCUGGUCCAUUUGCUGGUCUUCAGCUCUAUGCCGGAGACGCCAUCGUAUUUGUUGAAGACUGGAAAGACUGAGGAGGCCCGCAACGCCGUGGCGUGGCUGCGGUGUCGGGACCGGGACGAUCCUGUCGUGGAAGCGGAACUGCAGCGCCUGAUGCUGGAGUUGGAACAGAAGAAGUCCGCCAAGUUCGCGGGGGCACUCAAAACGCUGAUAAACGACAGAGGCACAUUUCGAGCGUUCCGCAUCACGUUGAUGAUCAACAUGGCGCGCGAGCUGUGCGGCUGCGUGGCCGUAUUGCACUACGCGUCCUUAAUCUUCAGCAAGGCUAGCGAAGGCGGCUGGCUGCUCACCGCCAAUCAGCAGACGGCGGUCCUUGGUGCUGUGCAGCUGAUUGGUUCCUUUACCGCCUCCGGUCUCGUGGAGAGAACGGGAAGGAAGCCGCUGUUAGCGGGCACGUGCCUGGUGUCUGGCCUGGCGCUGGCGGCGCUGGGCGCGUGGUUCUGGGCGCGCACGGCCGCCGCCGCGUGGCUGCCCGUCGCCGCGCUGUGCCUGUGCAUCUACUGCGACGCGGCCGGCCUGCAGCCCGUGCCCUUCGUCGUCAUGACGGAGAUGUUCUCCUUCCAAUUACGUGGCACAGUAACACCAAUAGUGAUAUCAUUCGCUUGCAUGAUAGUAUCUGUGGAACUUCGAGUGUUCCAACCGCUUCUGGACUCUGUCGGCCUCCACAUAAUAUUCUGGUUGUUCUCCGCUGUGUGUCUCCUCAGCACCGUGUACAUCGUGCUCUGCGUGCCAGAGACAAGGAUGAGAUCCAUAGACGAGAUUUACGCGGAGCUGACGGGUGAUGGAGCUGAUGUGAAGGAGAAUGAGAAGGACAAAGACUGCGAAGCUUCCGUUACUAGGCUUUAAGUAGUUUGUUAAGUAGAAAGAUUUAUUAUUUAUGUACAUAAUUUAUGACUGUAUUGAAUAGGUGAAGUUGGAGGACUUUUCUCUUUAUGAAAUUUAAGUUAAGUGAUGUUUUCUGAAUUCGCCUCACAAAUUUAAUUACAACUCCAGAACGGUUAAAAAAAUAUUGAAAGUACAGUAACAGUUUAUAAUACCCUUUAUGUUGACUUCAGGAUGGUCUAUGUAAGACUUCCACAGAAUAAUAACAAAUAAUGCGAUCACUCUUGUGGGUACAUUUUCGAAUCCGUUGUUGUUAGUAACAUUGUAACAAAAUUCAGAUUAUUGUUUUUGAAUAAACAUUAUUGUUACAAAUAGCAAACCACGUAAUUUUUAAAUGUACUCCGAUCACUAUUUAAUUUAUUCUAAACGAUAUAAGACACACAUUCGAUUAAAAGAAUUGAACAUUUUGUAGAACUUUUUUCACAGCGAUAGACAGAAACUUAUCUGCUACACUUGACAUGUUCAGGACACCUUUUUGCUAGCUUUAACUAAGGAAUAUUUGUAUUGCAUGUGCUCCCUUUUGUUAGUUUUUCAAAUGCGGGGACUCCCUUAUGAUUAAGUCUCUUAACUUAACGAUGAUUUUGUAUCGACCUUAUUCAAUGCUUCAAGGUUUGCUAACACAUGAACUAAAAAAAUACACGUUCUCUUCCAUUUUUGUGAGUUAGUGUCGCCACACACGGACCACCGACCACAACCACAAAACGCCGCCACCGCCACACGCUACAAAUCGGCGUUGCUCGCUUCUUGUGGCCCGCACCGGCCCCUUAAUGCGCCGAUACAAAACGCCGCCACACGUCACUCGCGCGAUUCCCCACCCCUCUCUCCCUUACCUUAGUCGGCCGCUGUCGCGCACUUCAACAGCCACUUUAGUAGCCGCUUCUAGCUUCUCCUGGCGGCGUUUGUGGCUGUGGCGUGUGGCCCGUGUGCAGCGACACUAAGUACUAAGUACAUGCAUGGAAAAGUUUGUUAGAGUAUAUUGUGUUAUUCUAUCACUCAGAGUCCAGUAUGGGAGUAUUAAUAAGAUUAUAAGAACUUACAUUGUAAUGUCUAAUGUUGUUAUUUUUAUUAAGUAGGGUAUUUUUUUUUUCUAAAUACAUCACAUAAAAAUUGACGUGCUUUUUUAUUAGUUAAAAUGGUUUUAUCAUGAGGUAGGGACACAGAAAAUUUCCCCAAUCAUAUCACUUGUCUCUAGUAUGUCAUGCAAGCGUAAAAAAACAUUAUAUAAACUUUUGGUCCUUCGAGCUGGAUAGAAAUACUGUUCAGUGUCCUGUGUCCAUUAUAUCGUGACAUUUACAAGAAUAUUGUUUUAUUUCAAGGCAUAAAGGCAUACAGAACCUUACAUCAACUAAUGAUGAUCUAAAUCUACUUAUUCUAGCUAAUCAAAUAUAACUUGCCCAGUAAAAUAUGCUCUGAUGAAUGAAAUAUGCCAUGACAAACCGAUAUUUUUGGAAAAAAACAAUUGUUUUCAUACUUAGUUAUACGAAUGAAAAGUGUUGCCGUGAAAUUUGUUAUUUGAUCUUGAACUAUUUGUGAAAUUCAUAAAAGCAUCGGAGGCAUUGUUUUAUCUUUUUAACACAGAAUAUACUCAAUUUUGUUAUGUUGAGUGCAAAUGCAGCGUGUUUGAAUGCGCGUGUCCAAUUGUGACUAAAGCGAAUUGUGGUCAUGCACCACAAUUCAAGCGGAUCACAUUUGAGCCGUGAGUGUCAUCAUGAUAUGAAUAUUCUUGAUAAUUUGUGUGGAGUUGAGUGAGCGCGAAACGAUCCACAGAAUAAGUGGGUUCUUAGAAGCAGCAACUUGACAGCUUAGGUAACCUCUUUUCACCUACUUUGUUAUAUUGACAUACUUCUAAUGUUAUAGGUAGUUUUCCAAUUACAGCACUAGAGCGCAUUAUGCCGCAUAAUGCUUAACGUUGAAUGUUUCAACUACAGCAAUGCUUCGCAUAAUCGAGCACUCUCAAAAGUAAUGUUUUCGUGUGAUGUGUGCAAUCGUACCAACUGCAAGUGACAGAAAAUUAACAACUGUUUUUUCUUUAAGUUGGCAUUGAUCGAUAGGUUUUAUUUAUAUAUUAUCGUUAGUAAAUUUAUUUAUUGUUGAAUUUUUUUAAAGCUUUCGUUUCAUUGUAGUUUUUUUUUAAAUAAUCAAAUAUAAUUCAAACUGUGUUAAAAAAAUAAAUACAUCAAUUGACUUUUUUUUCAACACUGAACUUAACGAACUCUGCUGGUGCAUUUGAAAACUAAUUUACGUUCCAAUUAAGCAUCAGCAUAAUUCGGCAUUGUGCGCCACUGAGUCGCAUUAUGCUCUGUAAUUGGAAAACUACCAUAAGUAUUAAGCAUGAUACGUGUUUGAAAGAAAUAGUAAAUCCAUAUUUAUUUUACGAUUACAGGAAUCUAUAUUUAAUUUACUGAAUGUGUUUUUCAGAAGACAUUAGUAUGAAAUGAUAGAAUUUCAUAUAAGUUAGAAAAUUAAUGAUAAAUUAUCGUAAGUAGAUGCAAUGUAUAUAGGUAGGUAAUUUUCAUUCCCAGUG